CCCCCGCGUUAGCACGAUGAUAAAUGAAGCGUUCCAUUGUGAGAGGAGCGACGAAAGAGCACGAAAGAAACGUCUAAAUUUUCCUUCGAGCUUCCGUCUACGCGUACUACUCUUGUUUAAAUAUUUAUUAACAAUAAAGGAAUAUCGCGAUAAGGUCGAUCCUCCCUAUAUGCAUUUAAUGCGCCUAUCGACUGCUUCGUAUCGUACGCCUUUGCCGUUUAAAUGCAAUGAAAUUUCAACAAUGAGAAAUAUUCCAUUCGCUUCUGUCGAAAAAAAGAGAAACAAAGGAGAGAAAAAAGAAGAAGGAACGAUACGAUUCGGAAUCACGUUUCGUGAUCAAACUCGCCAUGGUAACCGAGUACGCCCUUUUAUUCUCUCCCCUAUCGCGCUCGUAUACAUUUUCGUAGGGUUUCUGAGAACAUGCUCGCGCUCGUUCGACGUUUCAUUAUAACCUGUACGUACGCACAGCAAGAGAUCGCUUUUGAAUCGGCUCGUCGUCGAACUUUAUCGAGAUGCUAAAAUUUCCACGUUCCACCGGGGAGGAUAGAAGAAUCGCGGCGAGCAUCGAAAGGAGACGACAACUGGAGGAGGAAAGAAAAAAACGAAUCUUCAAUCCUCGCUUCAGAAAGAUCGGAAUCGACAAGGAAUUCUUGGAUCGACAAGUGGAGGAGAAGAGACAGCAACGCGAGGAAGAACGCGCUAAGGAAUGCCAGCUGGACGAGAAUCUUGUACGCAGCAGCAAGAUCGCUUUGCAAUUGGAAAAGGAACAAGCGGAGGAAAAACGACGGAUAAACGAAGAGAUCGUGGAGUUUCGGCGACUGCACCAGAGGCGCGAGGACCGCCGGGACUACGAUCUCUACGACCCGGACGCUCUGAGGACGUCGCUACCUUGUCGAGUCGGUGACGACGAUCCGCGUUUGGGACUGGCCUCGGCGCAAAAAUUCGGAGGCGAGGAUCACAACUUUCGAGAACAAGAUCGGACGAGGAAGGAGGAAAUGCGUUGGUGGGUCGAGAAGCAAAUGAAGGAACGCGAGGCUGCGGAGAAGGAACGAAAGGAUGCCGAGAAAGCGUACCAGGAAGCCGUUGUCUCGAGGGACGAACGUGCCGUGGAGUUGGAGAAGUUGGAGCGAGAAUGUCGUCGAAGGUUAAACGAGGCCACCGCGAGUUUCAACAGAGCGCUGGCGGAGGAGCAGGAACACCGACGACUUUGCGAAGCCGCUCAAGACGAGGAGGACAAGAAGGCGGAAAUCUACAAUCACGUGACCGGAGAUUUCCUGACGGAAGCCCCCGAGCAAGCGGAGAGCAGCCGUGGACCGAAGAAACCGCUCGCAACGCGUUACAAGGGCAUGACGGCCGAUCAACUCAAGGUCUUCAGAGACCAGCAAGCGCAACAAAUGGAGGAAAUCCAGAAAAUGAAAUCGAAUGAGAAACGAAUAAACGAGGAAUGGUAUCGACUGAUGAACGCGCACGCCGAAACUGCCGAAGCUUAUCAACGUGAACUCGAUCGAAAGAAGACGGAACUCAAUAAGAAGAUCGCGGAGGAAAACUUGAGACUCGCCGAGCAACAAAAGUCUUAUCAGGAGUAUUUGAAUCGCGUCGUGUACAAGAACAAACCAUCCCCUGAAUAUUUCUCGCAGUUCAACAAGGGAACGCGUUAGACGGAACCUUUGCCUUUAUUCCGCCUUUUAUUCGUCGCACUAUCCUUUCCAUAUCGUAAUAAAGCAAAAUACGUACCGCAACGCAACCGAUAUCUCGUCUCGUGUUUUCUUCCGUUCGAACGCAUUAUCGUCCUAAAUCCUUGACUUCACGACGAAGAGAUUCGAAGAACGAGCCGAACGUUGUUUUGCGCGAUUCGUUCUAGCGAAAAAAAAAGAAGGAAUUCGUAUUUCAUCUCUUUCGUUAUCUGUGUUUGUAUUGUAUCUGUUUGUAGAAAUUUGCGUCACAUAUAUGAUUACACGAGAUUCUAUU